AUGAACCACAUAACUUCCCCCAACGAGCCAUUCCCUACCCCCUCCGCCCUCGCCGCGGCCACGACAACCCACACCCAGCGCAAUUUCCGCAUUGCCUCCCGCAAGCUUCCCAUCUCCAAGGCCGGGCCCAUCGACGAGAUGACGGCCUCACUUGGCAUCCCGGUCCCCGAGAUGAUAUUCGGCGACAACCUCGUCUCCGUCUCCCACGUGCCCACAGGCUGGUCCGUCUCCUUCAACGCCUACGACGCACUCGACGCCGUCGACAAGACGGACAAGAAGAUGCUCAAGGUCGCCUACGCUCGGGACUGGUCGUCGAGUAGGGAAAAGACGAGCGCGGGGAUCAAGGAGGUCGUCAAGCCGUACGACUGGUCCUACUCGACCGAGUACCGCGGCACCCUGCAGGAGCCCGACGCCCCGGGGCAGAAGCUGGAGGAGACGACGACGCGGCAGAUUCCGCUCGAGCUGCUCAAGCGCCGGGACCCGAUCCUCUUCUUCGACGACGUGGUACUCUUCGAGAGCGAGCUCGACGACAACGGCAUCUCCAUCGUCAGCGUCAAGGUCCGCGUCCACGAGAAGCGCAUGUUGCUGCUGUGCCGCCUGUUCAUGCGCCUCGACAACGUCAUCGUGCGCAUCCGGGACACGAGGGUGUACGUCGACUUUGAGACGGACGAGGUCAUCCGGGAGUACACAGCCAAGGAGGACACCUUCGACAGCGUCAAGCGGUCGCUGUUCAUGGAGGGCAGGCUGCCGGAUGAUAUCACCAUCGCGUUGCGGGACCCGAACCUGCUCUACAACCUGCUGCCGACGGUCGAGCAGACGGUGCAGAGCGUUUCCCUGAAGCAAUGA